ACUGAUUACGUCACGGCAAUCAAAACCAUAUCUCUUAACAAUAGAUUAAUACAGAAUAGGAAGUUCGUAGACUCGCGGUGUAUCUGUAACUUUCCGAUAACCCAAAACGCACAAGUUUACCUGUGCCCCUGACGCACGACCGCCGAUCUCCUUAUGUUCUUGUUUAAAAAGAAAAAUUCUGCCGUUAAUGUGACCGCAUGUGAAGCUCGCGACAAUGAGCGCGAGGAAGACGGAUUCGUGUUAGUUGGGGAGACCAGCGAUGAAAAGUCGACGGUAAAACCAAAUAACCCCGUUAACCAUGAACCACCACCAAAAUACGAGAAACUUAACGAAGUCUCUACUUCGAGCGGAAGUUAUAAAGCUGAACAACGUACACCACAACCUGAACAAUGUAAUCAAACCAAUCCAACCCCAAAUGUUAUUUCCACCCAUCAACCUACCCACCACAGUGGCAAACAUGACAGUUCUUUUGCAAUUCAGGAUAUUCCCUUUCGAUUUGCAGGCUCUGUCCAAGUCGCUGCCAAUCUUAGGCUUCAAACAUGGGAUAUAAGUGAUGUGAUGCCAAACGUGUGGAGUGACUUGUCAGAGUAUAGUUAUGAUUUUACAAUGGAAUAUAAUGUUCUUGAAUGAAACAUUUUUGUAUCUUUUUAAUGUAGAGGCAGAAUUAUUUUAUUAGUGCAAUAGUGUUAAGUCUAAUUGGACUAACAGUAUUGCCGAUCCAGAAAUAAGUUUUAAAUAUGGGGUGCACCUGCAUUUUUUUAUGUAUAUACAUAUUUACAUGUGUUUGUUUAAAAUUGGAAAUUGGGAUAGUAUCUAUUUAUAAUAGAUAUGUAUCUUUUUUCAUUGUUUUGCAACCACAUAAUGUUACUGCUAUGCAAUUUAACCAAUGGUUGUCAAGUUUGUUUUUUAUUGUACAAACUACAAA